UCUAUAAGUGGUUAUUUUGAUGCAUACAUGUUUUGCUGCCCAGUCAAUCCACGGAGGCCCCGCUCCUUGUGGGUGGGCGGGGGUGCAAGUGGCAGCACCACGGAGCCUGUAAAUGGUUUGAGAAUAGGAAUCCUAAUAGAGAACUAUUGGUGGUGUUAUAAUCGUUUUGCAGUGAAGUAUUUAUUUUGGUAUGGCUGGGUUUUUGGGAUACAGCAGCCUUGCGCCUAAGACCAAGAAUGUGCUUGUUGCUGGAGGCUUGACUGCUUUUGUAUUUGGGGUGUAUUUCUACACCAUGAGAGCUGUUGGAGGUACAGAUGAACUUCAGACUGCCAUCGAUAAGUUUGAAGCGCAGAAAAACAAGCAAGAGGCUUGAAUUAGUCAAGCCAUCAGAGGCUUUUUCUUAUUCCCUUGCUUGAAAAUGUAAUAAGUUGAUCAUGUUGAAGAUAAGCCACUAAGGGGCUCAUACCCCCACUCUACAUAUUAGUUUCCUGUAAAAUUUUCACAUUUUUUCUCCAAUUCUGAACUUUGGGAAUCUUAUGACCUAUAAAUAACUUUAGCUUGGAAAAUUCAUAAUUUC